AUGAGAGUUAAGUGUAGUUCAGGAGGAAAAUUUACAAAUUGUCUCUAUAAACCAAAAAAUGAAUUCAAAAUAAAAUACAAACGAACCAAAGAUGACGAAUUACUUGAUUAUUUCUUUGCAAGUAUAGCGACUGCCGAACAUCAAAAUAAAACCCCUAACGAUAUUUUUGAUAAAAUUAAAAAAAAAAUAGAAAACACAUACAAUAUUGAUGAACUGGCAAAAAAUGGUCCGCUCGAUAAAGAAAUUCAAAACACUAAAUUGAACGAUAAACAAAAAGAUCAAUUACAAAAAAUACGAAUCGAUCAAGAAGCAAUAGUCCUAAGAUAUAAUAACAUAAAAGAUGGUAUCAAUAAAGAAACAGAAAUUUCUAACCUUAGAGAUUUUGGAUAUUGGUAUAUACAAAUUGCUACAGCAAAACUUCCUGAAAAAAUGACGAGUGAACUUAAUAAACUGAGAAAAGAAAAACUUGAUCAUCUUGUUAACUAUAUUAAUGAUUAUAACACAAUGCAAACCGAUAUUGAAAAUGAAACCGAUCUUGGAAAAUUAGAGAAUUUUUGGCCAAAUCAAAUAAGCAGUUCAAAUUUCACACAGGAAGAUAAAAAUAAUCUGAAUAAAGCCAGAGAAAAUAGAAUUAAUGAACUGAAAAAAACACAAACCGAUGAAAUAUAUGAUAAAAUCUGA